UCAAAAGGUAUGGGGAGAAAGUGAGAGCAAGAUGUUGGCUUGGAUGAUCAGCAAUGAUCAUAUUAAGUGGCCUACUUGUGCUUCUAAUGUCUACGUUUCUACAUAUGAGUGGUAGAGGAGGUGGGAGGUGAGAGGUGAGUACAAUAGCAGAGAUAGUGAAUGUGAGAUACCAGAGAAGAGUUAGUGGAAUUUACGUGGGGAGUGCUGGGCAUUCCUCCAGCUAGAUUAGAUUGGCACUUGGGUUAAAACAAUCUUGGACUGGUCUGGUGUCCUCACCUCCACUGGUGAUUGAGAGAGGAGGAAAUCCUGCAUUGGCACCAUCCUAUCCUCCAGGACCCUACCUACGAAAAGGGGAGCUGAUUUCCUCCUUGUCUGCCAUGACUGGUAUCUCUUGAGGACAACAAAAAAAAGGAAACCACAGGUGCCAUCAUUUUUGACUAUCAUGGGGGGUGGGGUUGGUGGUUGGGGAUAUCAGUGCACUUUACGGUUCAACAGUUUUGGGGGUUUGUGGCGUCCCCACCUCUGCGAUGGAAAGCCUGGUUUUUAAGUGUCGCCUGUUCUGGAGGUGUGUCAUAACUUAUUCAGAAUUCGAAAAAAAUCUUUCGCUCAGCACCAGCGUGCUGCGUGACUGGUCGUGGGGGUGGAUCUUGCCCGCAAUAGGCGGCCGAUGUAGAUGUUGUUGGGCAGUGCAGAGCUCCAAGUAGGGUCAGCAGUCUGCCUCCAAGGAUUUGACAGCUACUGAUGAAAGUUGCAAUGCUGGGUACCAUGAGCUGCAAGUUCUGUCUUAGUUAACAACUUCGUAAAACGUGUCUAAGAAAGCGACACGUCUUUUGCAGAAGGAGUCACGAGCAUUUUUUUUCAGUGCGGCUUGGCUGGGAAUUUUGUUAACCUCCGAAGGAACGAAUACUUGUGGCGAGAUUGCUGAAAUGCUGCAAUUCAUUUGACGACGGAAUCCUCUUCCCACCGUUGACUAUAGCAGAAGUGUCGCAAUGUAGAAUAAAGAUAUCUUUAAGAAUUGCAUUUGGCAAUACUAUGGAUUACUUUUCCAGGAGGUUACUUACCAGAAUGUUGCUGCGUCGGGUUUUCUGCGGGAAAGUUCUCGGGGUGCAGUGUUUGCAGAAGGUUUUCUACAUGGAAAGUUGCAGAUUUGUCACAUUUCCUGACAAGUAAUGCAGAAUUUCAGCCUAGGAUUCAAAUCUUGCGCUGACAUUUGUGCAACUGGCCUUUCGUGUGGAGUUUUCUGUAAUGGUCUUCGGUUGAAGUGUCGCGGGGCAAGAUUACCAAAAACUGCAGAAAAAAAAGUUUCGUGGUUUUGUAAACCAAAAGCAACUUGGGACUUUUAUUUUCCGAUGGCUCCGAGUGAGUAUUCGGGGACGAUGUCUUUUGUCAACGCAGUGGCUUGCUUAAAGUUCGAGGCGAACAUAUUUGACAGGAGCAGGUGCCAGAAUUGCUUCAAAGCUUUUGAUCUCCAUCGAAAAGACCACGGUCGCGAUGACAACCAGUUUAGCAGUCAAAACCUGCAUCUGUGUGCCAGUGCAGUUAGCCAAGAAGAUCUACAGAUUAUUACCCCAGACUGCAACCUGUAUCGUUGCUCCAGCCCUGAGGAGGUGAUUGCCAGUUGGCAGAUGGAGCCAAGGAUACAUAAUCACCUGACAAGUCAGCUUACGAGGAAAUGGGCCGUGGACACAGCUCCGUUUUGGACCUCAGAGUUGUCCAGUGCCACGAUAACCAGAGGACACUCGUCGCGAGGGGAACGAAUGCUAGGGUCAAGCGCCUCUGCUCUCCAAAGGGAAGGGAGGAAUUGGGACAUGCAUUCUGACAAUCCAACAUGGAGCCAUUUGCGCAACAGAAUGCACUCCUGGGGACGGUCAGAUUCAGUGGAGACCCGAGGAAAGGCUGUGGCAUCAGUGGGCGGAGAGUUGUUAAGCAGAGACCGAGUAAGCAGCCGGAAUUCGCGGAUGGAAAGUGAAUACUUCUCCUUGGAACGAUUGAAACAGGACUCAGUUCACAACCUGGCCCCCAGUCCGCGGGGGACAGUAGAGACCAAGAGCGUGAGCCAAAGCUCGGCUGCACUUGGCAACAUUGCGGGAGGGGGAGGGGUGCUCAGCCUCGGCCGCUUGACAUCAUCACAGAGCUCCUUUGAGUCAGAGUCGAGCUGGGGCACGGGCAGUGUGGCCAGCUCAGAUGGCAGGCUCCUCCGGCGGGACUACACAGUGUUGGCUGAUAUCCCAAUGCCCAAGCGAAUCAUCAGUCGAGAGAAAUUGGAGCAGGAUUGUAAGCAGCUAGGGCAGAAGAAUCGAACGCGGAGCCCUGGACGAGAGGAGGUUGAGCGCUUGUUUGGACAAGAACGUAGGCCAGUCACUGACACGUACCGAGAAUUCAACUCUGCCAAUGUGGGAAAAAUGGGAAGAGAGUUAGCUACAUCCCAUCGGUUUACUGAGGAAUCAAGAAAAAGUAACACCUAUCCCAGAAAGUUUCAACAGCAGGAGAUGGAUGCAAAGUUUUACUCACGAAAAGACGAGUCGAAGUUUUUCACUAAAUGCUCUCGAGUGGCUUCAGAAACCAACAAGGCAAGUGGAAGAUUUGGAAGAGAAGAAUCAAAGACCAGUGUCAGAUACCUUCGAUCACCCCUUCAAAAUGGCAAGAAACUGUUCCAAGGCACUCUGCAGGAGCACAGUCACACAAAGGUCAAUACCAAGCCAAAGAAGAUACUGGAAGAACCGCCCGAAAGCUUGGUUAAAGAGUUGGACUACAGAUUUUCCUCACAAGAUCAGAGUUCCCAUACAGGACAUGCACAGUCCAGCCCAAAAAGAGACAAGGUAGAUAUAACUUUCUGUCCGCUUGAAGAACAGAACUCUUACACUGGAUAUGUCAGUGCUUUUUCCAGAACUGAUAGGACUGACAGAGGGUUCUUAGGUAGAAACUCCUCAAACUCACUGAACAGAGAUAUCCAUCUACAGACUAGUGAUAACUAUGAUAAGACUAGUAGAGGAUUCUCAAAUAGAACCUCUUCAGACUCACUGAACAGAGAUCUCUAUCUACAGACAAGCGACAAGCACAAUAUGUCAGAUCGAGGAUUCUCAAAUAGAAUGUCCUUGAACUCACUAAGUAGAGAUAUUUAUCUGCAGGCAACUGAUAACAAUGAUAAGACAAUUCGAGGAUUCUCAAAUAGAACCUCCUCGAACUCAUUGAGCAGAGAUGUCUAUCUACAAAGCAGCGAUAACUAUGAUAAGAUAGGUCAAGGAUUCUCAAAUAGAACCUCCUCAAAUUCAUUGAAUAGAGAUGUACAUCUACAGAGUAGUAACAAGCCCAUCAAGAGUGCCCUGCAGUCAGCAUCGCAGUGAAGCCAACAUGUGUGGAGUGAACCUGGGGAUAAACAGCAGCAGUGCAGCCUCCCAGUAAAAGUUUGAAUGGCAAGGCCCAGAUCGAGCUCAGUCGGAGCAGUGGCAGCAACAGAGAGGAGCAAACCUUCAGUGAAUCCAGAGGCAAAGCUCCUCAAAUGGACUGGCACCUGGAUUCAAAAAAUGACGUGGGCAAGCAGAAGCAGCUCUUUUGGAUGA